AUGGUACCGUCAGCGCUCCAGAGGAGGGGCCCUGCCCUGCCUCUCCGAGAGGAGGGCUCUUCCCUCCAGCGCAAGGCGAGGUUCGCCAAGGCAGACGAGCCCCGAGCCAAAGGGGGGCAGGAGGAGCAGAGCAGCGGCGGCGGCGGCGGCGGCGGCGGCGGCUUCCCUGCGCCCGCCUCGCCUCUGCCCCCUCCCACAGCCUCCUGCCGGACUCAGCAAGUCCCAAGAGGCUCGGCAGAGCGCGGCCUCCUUCAGCCCCUCGCCGGGGAUGCCGGAGAGGCGGCCGGGCGGCUGGAGCAGGGGACCUUCCCGCCUUCCGUCGCCCAAACUGGGAGAGCAACUGGUUUCAGUGGGACAAAGAUGGAGACUCCCCCCUCUCUCUCUGUCUCUCUAAUAUGUGCCAUAGAGCGUUCUGAUUAA